AUGAGUAUCCUUCUAAUCUUAUUACUAUGUGCAUUAACUAGAGCCGAAAUGUGCCUGCGAAUAUUGAAAAACAAAUCGGAUUAUCCUGCCAUAUUAAGGAUUCCUGGACGCAUAAGAAAAUGGAAUUCAACGACUAAACAAUUCGAAUUGUUGGAAGCACUUGCUUUAAAUCGCAGCGCAAUUUGCAGCGUGCAAUACACCAACGACAUGCGAGGAAAAACAAUUACAGUCGCCACUGAUAUGAUGUUGCCAUAUGUAAUGAUAAAUGCAAACAAUACCAAAGUGUCCGGAUACAUCGGAGAUGUGUGGACGACUUUGGAGGAAACUCUAAAGUUUAAAACAAUCUACCGAAAGGAAGGACUAGAAAUGUUCCAAUUGCUUUUCCAAGGACGUGUUGAUGCAGUGCUUGCAGCAAGUGCAAUUCAUUCUUAUUCUGCUGGUUAUUACACUUACAGUACGCCAGUAACAACCAGUUCGUACGCAUUGUUUGUGCAGCCGGAGGGUUCAACUGUGUCAAAAUGGUGGUACUCGAACAUCUUCAGUUAUGGAUUAUGGUUAACUACGUUUCUCUCUGCCCUGUUUCUGGCAGCUACGAUAAUGAUGACGUAUUCCAUUAAAAAAAUCACUUGCAAAGAUUACGUCGACUGCGACGACGAAUUAGCUGCUCCUUCUUUCAAUUUACUUUGCGUGCUUGGUGGAAUAAGCGGGCAAGGUUUUCAAAAACUGCCAACAUGCUGGUCGUUGAGGGUGAUCGUAAUUUCUUCAUUGUUGAUGGGAAUGUUGCUGUCAUGUGGAUUUAGCAGUACUUUAACUUCCUCUUUGGCAAGCAAAGGCGUCUCGCUUCCGUUAACGAGUCUUCAAGACGUAUCCAUGAAACGAACGCAUUCUCUGUGUAUUCGAAACGACAGUACGGCGUACUUGCAUCUGACAACGGAUUGGUCUCCACUUGGCGAGUUGAGACCAGAAUGGAAGGGCUUGGUGAACAAUGGCUGUCCAGAUAUGCGAAACCGAAAGAAUUUAGCUUCCGAGCUCUGUCAGCCCGGCAUGGUGUAUCUAGAAGCACCUGAUGUAUUUUUCUCAGUUUACCAAAAGGUCCGCAACAAGUGUUCAAUUGUUCAGAUACCUGGGGUCUAUUGGCGUCUAAAGCUUGCCAUUUUGCACGCCAGGGCGGCCAAGCAUCGGCACCUCAUCAACGAUUAUCUCCUGCGAUUGCGUUCCGUGGGAAUCCUGACGUAUCUAGAAAAGAAAUGGAUUUCUAAGGAGCUGCACCACGAUUCAACGAAUCAACAAUGGCGCAGCUUCAGUCCGGUCGAGUACGAGCAUAUUCACGUGAUUUCCUUAGGACUUUUCGCCAUGAUGAUAAUUAGCGUCAUCAUUUGCAUCGCGGAGAACAUUUACUUCAUACUGACAAGUGCGAAGAAGAAGCAGCUUACGAUUCCAAGAAUUGUGAAAACUCGUCGUCAGAUUACUUCUCCACGGUUGUAUUAAGGGGAAGCACCUAGCAUCAUUUUUCUUGUCCAGUCAUCAUGUGUAGUUCAUUG